UCAUCGCAAUAAAUACGUAAUAGUUUGAUUCUCACUGUAGUAUUCAAGUGCUUUGCUUUCAAAAUGUUCGAAUUCAGCGCGCUUGACCAAACAACACACUUCUAAUAAAAAAAAGUUUGAAUACCAUAAUUCACACAAUCAUUCCUUUUGCAACGCUAAACAGCUGCUUAGCUCAUUUUUUAUAGACGCCGAUUAUUUGUUGACGGAAUUUAUACUUUAUAUUUUUCAUUAUGUCGGUAACAUUACAUACAGAUGUGGGUGACAUAAAAAUUGAGCUCUUCUGUGAGGAUUGUCCAAAAGCAUGUCAAAAUUUUUUGGCGCUAUGUGCCAGCGAAUAUUACAAUGGUUGUGCUUUCAUUCGCAAUAUAAAGGGGUUUAUAGUACAAACUGGUGAUCCUACAAACACCGGUAAAAAUGGUAAAUCUAUUUGGGAUACAAAAUUUGAAGACGAAUUCAAGGACACAUUGAAGCACUCUGAUCGCGGUAUGAUUUCAAUGGCAAAUAAUGGUCCCAAUGCGAACGCCAGCCAAUUCUUUAUAACCUAUGCAGCUCAACCCAAUUUAGACCUCAAGUAUACACUUUUUGGAAGAGUAAUUGAUGGUUUCGACGCAUUAGACGAGUUAGAAAAACUGCCAGUAAAUCCCAAAUCUUAUCGUCCGUAUAUUGAGAAAAAAAUCAACAGUGUGACAAUACAUGCAAAUCCCAUAGCUGGAUGAAGCCUGUUUGAGGAGUUGCCAAUUUGGCAUAUAAGUAGUGCAAAUCUUACAGAAUAUUUAAAAAAUGAGACGGACCUGAACCCCCGUGAUGGCGCACCAGCUCAAUUUAAGAAUUCUUUCUGACGAAAAAGUAUUAAAAAUUUCAUCUAAACCUAAAAAAUGUUCAAAUUCUACUUAUUUACCCCAGAACAUAAACCUUAUCUUAUUUAGCUCCAAUAAGUGCGUAGAUAUUAAGGCAUCAAAUGCCGUAUACCGGCAUUAGUCAUAACGGGAUGUCAAUACAUUUUUUUUUGGUUAUGUUAACAGGUGUAACAGUUAAUUUGUGCCUUUCUAAAUUAAUUUAUUUUUUGUCAAGUGGGAAAUAUAUCGUCGUGGAAUAUUUCAAACAAAACGCAAAUAGAGUAAAGUUUUCACAACUUUAUAGUAAAAUGUAAAAAUAUAUUGUAAUUGCUUUAAUUAGGAAUGUAAAAUGUUUUCAGAAAUUCCGGUACUCGAUGCCUUAGUAUAGCCGUUUUACCACCUCUGAGGCCCUAAAACCCUAGUCUGUCAAUUUUAUGAAAUAGAAAUGUUCUAUAUUACUAUGAUAAUACAAUAACAAACCAAAAAUUUUAAA